GCAUUCCGAUAGUUGUGCGAUUACUCCGUAAAGUGUACGUUUAACUGCAAUAAAGCAACAAUCUUAGUAAAAUGAAGACUCUCCUGCUUUGCGCUUGUGUUUUAGUACUUGCUUCAGUUAGCUUAGCUGACGUAAAAGACGUAAAGAAACAACUUAAAGCUGCGAUAAAAUCUCUUCAAGAGGAUGUUGUUGCUUGCAUAAGUGAAAACAGUUUGGUUCAGAAUGAUUGGUAUGAUGAAGAACAGAUAAUGACUAACUUACAUGUACAGUCUGGAAAUGAACAAAGAACACGGAGAUGUGGCUGUACUAUUGCAUGUGUGCUAAAAAGACAAAAUGUGAUAAAUGGAUCAAACAUUAAUGAAAUAAGAAUGCAUGACUUGAUAGAUAAUGCGGUUGCAGAUUCUAAUCAACCCUCAGUACGCCAACUGCAUAAAGUUGUACAUAAAUGUGUAAAAGAAGUAAAAGAUAUUACGGAUGAAUGUGAGAAAAGCUUUGCCAUAUACAUUUGUGUUGCAAAAGCUGCACACAUUGCAGAAGGACACGAAGAACAUCAACCUGCAGAAGAAGAAAGUGAAACGAAACCUGAAAAUUAAAUAAUAUAGAUAUAUAUUUUUAUAUUUUAUUUUUACCUAUUUUACAAAAGAUCAGCAAAUGUAAAGAUAUUGACUUUUGUAAUUCUGUCCAAUUUUACAAAUAAAUUAAAUAAAAAUUGGGAAAAAUAG